UUGAAUUUGAUCUUAGCACAACUAACAUCAUAACAUUCUGUAAUCUAAAAAUCCUUGAUUUGCGGAAUGUCUAUAUAUUAGACGACCAAUUGCAGACAGUUUUCGCCAGAUGCCCAUUCAUCAGGACUCUACAACUAAUUAAUUGCAAGGAAAUAAACAAAUUACAUAUUUUUGGCCUAGUACAUCUGGAGAAUUUGGUGGUUGUAUUGGGUAUAUUGGACAGACUCAGAAGCUUGAUAGUCCAGGCUCCAAAUCUUCGAUACUUUGGAUGUGGAGAGAUGGCACAGUUAAACAAGGGAAGUGAGGAUAAUCUUGUUCCUUGCAAAAUUGCAAAUGUGGAUGCUUACAAUACUAUAGAAACACUCAAACUCUGGGGUGCGAUCACAGAGCAACAGUUUCAAGACAUGUUCUCUAAGCACUCAAACAUUUCAGAAUUGGAUCUAGAAAGAUGCUAUGAGCUUAAAAAUAUAGAGAUUGUGAGCGAAAAACUCAAGAAGUUGACCUUAUCGAAGUGGAGGAAUUUGGAACAAGUCAAGAUUCAAGCUCCAAAUUUGACAGAAUUUGUUUUUGAGGGUCACAAAAUGCCCUUCAACCUUUCUCACUUUGUUCAAAAGCUCAACUACUCUAAUGGUUUCAUAUUAGAAAUACUUUGUGAGAAGAGUGAAACGAUCUUUCUAUAUGAAGAUCCAAAAGAAACUGUUGUUCCUCCAUUUGAUAAAGUCACGAUACUAUUUAGACCUGUGAAGCAUCUUGAAUCAUUCAUAAAUGAGUUCAUGAAAAUUUAUUCCAAGACACAGUCAAUACUUCCAAUUACAAAUAGCAAACUACUCCAGGUGUUGCCUACCUUAAUAGGAUGCCCAGAUGAUGCCAAAACCAAGCGCUCCUACUCGCAGCAUCGAUUGAAAGAAGUCAAUAUGUACACAAUUGAGAACGAAAUGGACGCCCUUCGGUAUAGUUGGUUAAAUUACGCGACUCUGUUUGAUCAACUGACUACUUUCAUGUUCAAAUGGUAAUAACAAGCUUGGUAUGAUUGUCUGAAGGGCCAUAGAUACAUCCAACAUUUAGUCUUAGUAUGUUCUGAAUAAAUAUGGUCUAUUAUAAAUAUUCAUGAUAAAUUCAGUUGAACUUAUUAAACUCAGUCUAGAAUAAUCUGCCUAUGUGGUUCUGGCUAAGAUCUCCCCCUUUGUUUUAAUUAUUUCCUUUCAUGUUCCCUCUCCUCCUUCAGUUUCUCUCAUACAUUAAUUAUCGUGUUCAAAUUAUUGUAUAUUGCAAAGUGACUGAAUUAAAAAUAAUAUCUUGCUAGAAUGUUUUAUGAUUGUCAUCAAAUCAAGAUCUGUGUAGCUAGCUUUCUGUGUGAGAACAUCUUCUGAAAAAAUUGAGCAGCAGCAUUUGAGAUAUCAUCUCUUUUGUCCAAGCCAGACUCCCUGCUCAUUUUUUAAGAAUUUCUCAAUGUUGAGUUUCCUUCUUUUGGAGCGGAGCAUUAGAACAACGGUAAAGUUGUCUCUGUGUGACCUAUAUAGGUCAGGGGUCAAGCCAGGGAAACAGCCACUAAUGCUUAACAUUACGGUAGACAGUCUACAUCACUCUCCUUUGGAUGCGGUACUGCGUGAAUGUAUGAUGCUCUGUGCACCAGGCUGCCCUUUCUUUUUUUUGUUGAGUUUCUCUCUUUU